UAUCGUACUUAGCACGCGCGUUUUACGCUCCUUGCUGAGACUAAAUCCGUGCUCGCGCACGAAAUCCAUUUACACUCUGGUAGUAAGGAGGGCCACGAUUGAGUCGCUUUGCUUUGUCAAUUGAACAAUCUGCUUCGGAAAGACGAUCAACGGUACUGAGAGCGACAGCGGUCCGUUGGUGAAACACUAGACAGACUAGGAGCGUUUGGAGCGGAAGAAUGGCUGAUUCGGGCAGCACUGCAGCGGUCGGGGCCGCAGACUCCGACAGCGCUGCUGCUGUUGCUGCUGGGGCGGCUGGCACUGUUGCGCAGGAUGGAGCCCCCGGAACUGCGGGACCUAAACACGGUUCCGAGUCAGUAAGGGGCCAGAAUUUUGACGUGGGCCCCCGUUACACAAACUUGUCUUACAUAGGGGAGGGGGCGUACGGAAUGGUUUGCUCUGCUUUGGACAACUUGACAAACCACCGCGUAGCCAUCAAGAAAAUCAGCCCAUUUGAGCACCAGACAUACUGUCAGCGCACACUGAGGGAAAUCAAGAUCCUGCUGCGUUUCCGCCAUGAGAAUAUCAUCGGGAUCAAUGACAUCAUUAGGGCACGGCACAUUGACAACAUGAGGGAUGUCUACAUCGUGCAGACUCUGAUGGAGACGGACCUGUACAAGCUGUUGAAGAGCCAGAGGCUAAGCAACGACCACGUCUGCUACUUCCUCUACCAGAUCCUGCGAGGCCUCAAGUACAUCCACUCCGCCAACGUGUUGCACCGCGACCUCAAGCCCUCCAACCUGCUCAUCAACACCACCUGCGACCUCAAGAUCUGUGACUUUGGCCUGGCACGGAUAGCCGAUCCCGAGCACGACCACACCGGUUUCCUGACUGAGUAUGUGGCCACGCGUUGGUACAGGGCUCCAGAAAUCAUGCUCAACUCAAAGGGCUACUCUAAGUCUAUUGACAUCUGGUCCGUGGGUUGUAUCCUGGCUGAGAUGUUGUCUAACAAGCCUAUCUUCCCUGGGAAACACUACUUGGACCAACUCAAUCACAUACUGGGCAUUCUUGGUUCUCCAUCUCAAGAAGAUCUGAACUGCAUCAUCAACAUGAAGGCAAGAAACUACUUGCAGUCCCUUCCUGAAAAGCCCAGGGUUCCCUGGGAAAAACUCUUCUACAAGGCAGACCCGAAAGCCCUGGAUCUCUUGGGCAGCAUGCUGACCUUUAACCCCAUCAAGCGUAUCAGCGUUGAGGAUGCCCUGGCCCAUCCUUAUCUGGAGCAGUACUAUGACCCCUCAGAUGAGCCUGUAGCAGAGGAGCCCUUCACGUUCUCCUAUGAACUGGAUGAUCUUCCCAAAGAGAAGCUGAAGGAACUGAUCUUCACUGAAACGGCUCGUUUCCAAGAAAACUACAUCCCCCCCUGUGACCCAGUUCUGACCGUGUGACAGAGCAAUGCCGAGACUUGGAACUAGAAGACCCCCAAGCAUCAUGCUAAAACAAAAGAAAAAUGCAUCGUUAAGAAACCAACAAAAAGUGAAAACAAGAAAUAUGAACAUUUACCUGCUUAUCUUUUCAUUUCUACUACAAGAGAAAGCUAAGUAUAAAUUUGAUUUCUAUGGUGUGGUGGGAUCUGUCGAACUCAAAAUGUUUCCAUGACGUCCACCUUGGGCUCUUAACUCGUUUUACCCCCCCAUCUGUCCCGGCUCAUCCAGCCCUACCCACAGUAACGUGCUGCCCCUCUCCUCAUCAAACCCUUUCUUUCCUAUUGCUGUGUCUGAGCUCCCCUGUCCCUCCUCUCUCAGUAGCCUCCCCUCAUACAUAUUUUUAUUUAUAUAUAUAUAUAUAUAUAUAUAUAUAUA